AUGUGCCCUUCAUCUCUCAACAGUGAGACAUUUCUCAACAUGGUCGAAGGCAUCAGGACCAUGGUACGCAUCAACGCAGGCGAAGAGCCCGAAAUCGAGGAUAGCGACAUCCACGAGUUCGACGAAAACUUGGAGGCGGCGCUCGGCCAAGUGACGAAUGCGGAGGCGGCCGUCACGGCCAAGGCGGCGGGCGCUGACGCCGGGGGCGAGGCGAAAAUUGAGCGGGAGCGCGACGAUAUGGACUCGUACAAGGGGCUCGUCAAGACGACCCAGUAUGACAAAGCCGACAAAGUCUUCUAUCAAGCGGCCGUGGAUAAGUCGCCGAAGAUGCAGACGCAUUUCGCCAAUUCCUCGGACCCGGUGUACAUGAUCACGGGUCGAAAGGUAUUGACCAAUAACUCAUCGUACGAGUUUAACCGGAACAAGAAGACGGGCGGCGUCGUGGGGGUUUUCAUGAACCUGUCCUCGGUCCUGUCGUUGGGCGGGAAGGCUAGUGGGUCCAAGGGUGCAACCAUCUCCCAGAAGGCCGACGGUGUGACCGGCGAACAUCUCCUGGCGGUUCGGAUCACGAAACUGCGCUACUGGCCUAAGGUUCUAGGAAUUAUGGGCGCAAAAUUGCUGACGAGCGAGCUGAUGAUGGCCGGUGACCUAGCCGAUGCGGACAAGGAGGCCAUAGAAUACGUGGUAGAGAUUGUCGACGAGUGA